GCCUAUUACCCUAAAGCCGAAAAAAAUAAUUUUCUCAAUAUAAUGUUAACAAAGUCUCUAUUUGUGCGUUGUCAGCAAUUGUCAGCAAGACCUACAGUUCACCGUUACUUAACAACAAAUUCUUCUUUGCAUUCGAAAUCUGCGGGGAAAUAUACUAGGAAAUUCCUCGCCGGAAAUAAUGGAAAGAAACGUAUAUGGCAUGAUGGCAGGAUGAUGGCCAACCCAGGAGGACUAAGCCAACCCCAGGCGAAAGGAGAAGGAAAUACACAUAGACUGCAUAUUCUGAAUAAAGUUUUCUUGGAGAAGAUCAGUGACAUGAUGGCAACAGGAGAAGUCUCUUCACAGCUCUCUGGCCAUGGAGUGGAAAUAACAAAGGUACAGGUACAGCCAAAUGUAGUCGGCAUCAAUGUGUACUGGAUAUCUAAAGAACCCCAGUUUGAUGACAGUGUUUCGAAAGUUCUUCAAGAAAGUGCCCCACGUCUUCGCCACGAGCUAAGCCAACUUCGGGUCUUGGGACAUGUACCUCGGAUAACAUUUGUCAAAGAUGAAAAAUUCUACAAGAUGGCAGAAGUAGAAAAGCGUUUAUCGCUCGCCGACUUUGGAGAAGGCUUUGAACCCACAGAUGCUACACAUCAUAUAAAAUCCUCUCUCACAGUCACAACAUUGUUGAAUGAGAAUUUAAAGGAUGCCAUAGCCAAGAUGGAAAUGAAAGCAGAGGAAUCAGAAAGGGUAGCGUGUGACAACUCACAGGAUGAGGAGCUACCGUCAGAUAUACCAAGAAUGAGAAAUGAUGUGUUUAGUGUCGACGUUGACAAAAUCUACACCAUGGUACGGCGGGGAAUGGUGAGGGCUGAAGCUGCCCAUAGAAAAGAACUGGAUCAGGAGAGCAGAAGUUUCGAUCCUUCAAAAGCCGAAGACAGUCAGAAUAAUCCCGCCUCGAGAAUGACAGAAAUUCGGCGCUGGGCCAGCCAUUACAGAGACUUGAAGAAAAAAGAACGGAGAAGUCAGAAUAAAGAACAAAACAUUCUCCGCGUUCCACCUAAAUAUAUAACAAAAGAAGUAGAGGACAUAAAGUAUGUUGAAGAAAAUGAUUAUAUUGAAGAAGACCUUGAUAUGAAAGAUUAUAGAUAUGCUGAUUUUGAAAGAAAGUGAUGUAGAUUCAUUUAAAAAUAUGUAUACAAUAAUAAUCAUAAUUAAUAAUACAGACUUUAGUCUCUCAAGUACCUUUUUGUAGAUAUGAGAACUACCUCCAAAUAUUAUAUUUAUUGUAAAUACAUAAUAAAAUCACGUAGUGUAUA